CGGGUAGAACUUAGAGCACAUCAUGCCCGCCUCCUUGUGCAUUCAAUUUAACACCAAAUCGACAACAAAAGAAUAAAACGUCAGUUGUGAAACAGUACAGAAAGUCAGUCACACAAUUGUCGUCGGACAAAAAUAUAAACAAAUACAAAAUCCUAGAAACUGCGCUGGGAACACAUAGAUCUACAUACAUCAUGCCGAAUAGAGCUGAAACUCGCGUCAGGAAAGAGUUCGAGCAAUUUAUUGGCUUCGAGGAGAUCGGCGGCCAGUGCUCGAUAAAAAUCGAAGUCGUCAACGGGCAGUGGUCAUGGCUGCGGGGCGAGAUAACCGGGCCCGCCGACACGCCCUACGAGGGCGGGAAUUUUGUACUGGACAUUAAAGUGCCGAAUACAUUUCCGUUCAAUCCGCCGAAGGUGCGCUUCCUCACGCGCGUCUGGCACCCGAACGUCUCUUCGGAGACUGGCGCCUUCAGCGAGCGCUUACUCAACGACAGCUGGGGGGUGGCGACCUCGCUGCGCGCCUUUCUGCUGUCCUUGCAGGUGUGGCUGUCCGCUGCCGAGCCGGAUUACAUAGAGGACAGGGAGGUGGGGCUCCAGUUCAAGGAACACCAGGAUGUGUUUCAGCUUACCGCCAAGCACUGGACCAAUGCAUACGCAGGCGGCUCCCACACCGUUCCCGGCUGUGACGCGAAGAUCCAAGACCUCAGGGAGCUGAACACGAGCAUCGACGAGCAUUGCGCGCGCCUGAUCCUCUCUAAGGAGAACUGGGACUUGGAGAAGGCCGCCGAUAGCAUGUUCGGCUAACACUUCAGU